AUGCGCGGUAGUGCGCAGAUGGAGAAAAGUGGGGCUAUUCUGAUUAAGAGGGUUAAGAAAACCAUGAACAACGCCCAGGAAGUGCUCGACUAUUCAUUGCAGCAACAACAAGGACCCCUUUUCAACCACUCCCACAUGCUAUACAACAACGACAAUGGAAGUAACAACAUCAACAACAACAACAGCAAUUCUCGUAAGAGAGGAAGAGAAGAUACCGCUGUUGCCAACAACACAAUCACCACAGCAGCUUCUAAUGUUAUUAAUCCCUUUUCUUUGCAAUCUCAGCCUCCACAACUUAUUCAUCUUUCUCAACUCCAUAAUCACCAACAAAAUGUCGUCUCCACUGGUCUUCGUUUAUCCUUUGAUGACCAACAACAACAACAACAACAAAGACUACAGCUUCAUCAAAAUCAAUCUCAACACCAACUACUACUAAAUGGGUCUCACUCUUCUCCCUUCUCAUCUGUAUUAUCCCAAGGCUUGGCUUCUCAAAUCAAACAACAGCGUGAUGAAAUUGAUCAAUUCCUUCAUGCCCAGGGUGAGCAACUGCGACGGGCAUUGGCGGAGAAGAGACAGAGACAUUACAACGCGCUGCUUAGCGCGGCGGAGGAAGCGGUGGCACGGCGGCUCAGAGAGAAGGAGGCGGAAGUGGAGAAGGCUACCCGCAAGAACGCGGAGCUAGAAGCACGGGCUGCCCAGCUGAGCGUGGAGGCGCAGGUGUGGCAGGCGAAGGCCCGGGCCCAGGAAGCAACCGCGGCCACCCUCCAGGCCCAACUGCAGCAUACCAUAAUGUGUCAGGGCGGCGAUGAAGCUAUUGCCGCCGGUGUGUCGUGCGCGGCGGUGGAAGGUCAGGCUGAGGACGCGGAGUCAGCCCACAUAGACCCCGAGCGUUUGGUGUUAGCGGCAGCGCGUCCCAAAUGCAGAGGGUGUACAAAGCGCGUGGCCUCGAUCGUGGUUUUGCCGUGUCGGCACUUGUGCAUCUGUACAGAAUGCGAUGCGCAUUUUCGAGCAUGCCCAGUUUGUCUUACACCCAAGAAUUCAACCGUUGAAGUUUUUCUCUCUUAA